CUCAAUAUAUCGAGAUUUUUCUCAAUAUAUUAGCAUUUUUCUCAAUAUAUCGAGAUUUUUCUCAAUAUAUCGAGAUUUUUCUCAAUAUAUCGAGAUUUUUCUCAAUAUAUUGACUUUUUUCUGUGUCCUUUUGUUUAAUCCAGCUGCGGUGAUAUGAUGAAUGUUAUUUCCGUGUAGAUGUGGUUAGCGUUAGAGUGAAGUGAAUUCAUUGCGUUUGACGCAUUUAUUAAUCUGUUUUACUGCACUCAAUAAUUAAGUGAUCGUGAGCUAGUAGCUGUACUGUCGAGCCAUCCAUUUCUUGUAUAUCAGGUAGGUAUAAAUUUAUGUAGAGGUACACAAUAUGUGCAGCAUUAUGAUCAAAUAAGUAUGUACUAUACAGAAUGACUGAGGACAAAGCUAUAUAAAUCUAAUGUACCUACUUAUUUUUGCGUUUUUCUAUAGGUAGGUAGGGUGUUUCCUAAUACAUUGACUGAUUUUUUUAGAAGGUACAAUGGAUGAUGCUGAGGUUCAUGCCGUUUAUUAUUUUUUGCUGGGAUUAUCGUACACAGAAAUAUUGGCGAUGUUGAGCUUUUGCCAUGGUUUUCACUUAAGUUUGUCGACACUAAAACGAAAACUAAAUUGCCUAGGACUAUAUAGAAAGAAGCACUUCUCAGAGCUACAUUUAGUUGUAAAUUUUAUUGAACAACAACUACAAAGUUCAGGACAGCUGCAUGGAUACCGGUGGAUGCACUUAAAAUGUAUUCAACACGGACUCACUGUAACUAGGGAAGCUGUACGAAUGAUAAUAAAUGAGCUGGAUCCAAUUGGAGUCACGUUUAGAACAAGAAAAAGACUGCGCCGCAGGAAAUAUUCAACGCGUGGACCUAACUUCGUAUGGCACGUUGAUUCUUAUGAUAAAUUGAAGCCAUAUGGAAUAGCUAUAAAUGGAGCUAUUGACGGAUUCUCUCGGCAUAUUAUGUGGUUGAAAGCUGGCAGAACUGCAAGUGACCCGAAGGUAAUAGGAGGGUACUUUUUGGAAGCCAUAGAAAAAUAUGGAGGAUGCCCAAGACGGCUACGUUCAGACCUUGGCACGGAAAAUAGGUACAUGGAGCAAUUUCAAAUAUUUUUUAGAACAUUGCCCGCAGAUAAUACGGAUGUGUGUUAUGGAGACCGAAGUUUUUUGUAUGGGACCAGUCAGGCGAACCAACGCAUAGAGUCGUGGUGGUCGAUAUUAAGGAAACAAAACGCUCAGUUUUGGAUGAACAUUUUUCAAUCACUAAAAGAAGACGGUUACUUCAGUGGAACGUAUUUGGACAAAUCAUUAAUACGAUUUUGUUUCAUGGCUAUAAUACAAAAAGAACUUGCACAAGUUGAAUUGGAAUGGAAUACACAUCGUAUAGCAGCGUCACGAAAUUCCAUAUCCCCCAAAGGUCGGCCUAUUGUGUUGUUUGAAUUGCCACAAGCGUAUUAUACACAGACCUACAUAUGCCAAGUGACCCACCAUGAUUUGAAUAUCUGUAAGCAAGAAUCCUCAUUUCUGUACUUACCCUGUGACGUCCAUGUAUACCAACUGUGUAAAUUAAUAAUGCGAGAGAAAAAUUUGCGUGAACCAUCAGAUUCGUAUGAAGCAGUGAAUUUAUACCUUACAUUAAGGGAAGAGAUUAUGUCCCAGAUUUUAUAGUUUGUAAGAAAACAUAUUUUUUUGUCAAAAUGCCACAUUCUGUGUGGAAUAGAUUCAAGAUUGUAUUAAUUUCAUCAUUCUCUGGGCUUAUGUGUAAAAGAAUGAUAAUCGUUUUUGAAAUCUGCUUUAUAAAUAUAUAAUUCUUAAUGAAUUUAGUAUGUUUGUCUACUUCGUCCCUAGAUUUAAUCAACCAACAACUCUUCUACGGAUACUUUGUAACACAUGAUAAUCUUGGAAAACAUUAGUACAGAUGUCAUAGUACCCUGCACAAGUUUUAACGUGGUACAUGUCCCCAGAAAAGUUCCAUAGGUAGUUAUGUAUGUAAGAAAAUCAAAGUUCUUUUUUGAAAGUUGUUAUACAAUGUCCUUUAAGGUUCAGAGUACGAUAGAAAGUCCAACAUAUUGUUACGAUCGAAUAUCGAGCGCUACACUUGUACGGCAGAUAACGAUUUACUCUGUAUGGAGCCACUUAAUAACAAGUGUUGGACAUACGACCCUGGAGAACACCUUACAAUAACAAUUAUUAACAACAUAAAUAAAUUGAUGAAUUAAUUAAUGUGCUUGCUUAAAUUAAAUGCAUUUGGGCAUUGAAAAACUUCCUCUAUGAUUUGGUCAAGGAGAAAUUUAACAAAUUCUAAUGGAUAACUAAUUGCAUUACGUUAACAAACAUAAAACAACAAUAAUAACCAUAAUUGU